CUUCCCUCCCCUUCUGGCUCCCACCCAGUUUCUUCCUCCUGCCAGGGCUGAGGUUCUCAACUACAGCCAGAUCCUCCCUGUGUCCCUGGUCUUCCCUGCUGCACACUCCCCUGGUCCCGGAGGAAAGCAGACACCAGGUCCCUGAAGACCAUUGCAGGGGACACAAAGCAGAGGUGGGGUGAAGAGGGAGCCCCAGCAGCAGCAUGCUUCCCUGACAGACAACCCUCCAAAAGAGAUCCCAGAUGAUGGAGACUGCACAUGUCGGUGAGGUGGCCCUUAGGGCCCCACAGCCCACCCACAUUGAUGUGCACAUACACCAAGAGUCUGCUCUGGCCCAACUCCUGCUGGCCGGAUGCUCGGCGCUACGGCUCCCAGAAUCUGCCUCGACCAGGAGUCUGGGUAGCAGCAGGCUGCUGGUGGCCUCCUGGGUGGUGCAGAUUGUGCUGGGGCUUCUGAGUGUGGUUCUGGGUGGAAUGCUCUACAUCUGCCAUUAUUUAGCCAUGAACACCUCAGGUGCCCCCUUCUGGACUGGGAUCGUGGCUAUGAUGGCUGGAUCUGUUGCCUUCCUUCACAAGAAACGGGGUGGUACCUGCUGGGCCCUGUUGAGGACCCUUCUUGUGCUGAUGAAUUUCUGCAUGUCUGUGGCUGCCAUUGUUCUUGGAGCUUGUGAGUUCAAUGUUUACCGAUACUAUCUCAGAGAUGAUGUCUGUGUGAGCUACUCUUCAAAUCACUGGCCCACCAAGCCCCCCAACACCCCAGGUCCUGAAGAAGCGGAUAGGAUAGGCCUGUGUAUAUUCUACACAAGCAUGCUGAAGACCCUGCUCAUAAGUCUCCAGGCAAUGCUCUUGGGUGUCUGGGUGCUGCUGCUCCUGGCUUCUCUCACCCCUGUGUGUGUUUACUUCUGGAAAAGAUGCUUCACAAAGAUGAAAACAGACGAGAAGAAACUGCUGGGUGCAAAUGUGAUCUAGUUCUGCCUCUCCCUUGCUCUGGGUGUCCCUCCUUCCCAAGCCUGAAAGAAGAAUCAGCACGAGCAAAUAGACCCUAUCCCACUGCCAGGCGUGACCACUGCCUGGCUCCACCCAGCAUCACAGCUGCUCACAGCAGACUUGCUCAUUUCUCCUUUACCUUCACCAUCUGUGUUCCUUCUCAGGCAGUGGCUUGAUAAUAAAGUCUCAUGUCAUUGCUACCAGA